AUGCACAGAGUCUUAUGUGCUGUCAAUUCCCAUGGUUGCCAGAGAGCCUCGCCGCAUGAGCGCAACAUCGACAAUGCUGGGUUGGGGCCGUUAGGCGCCGCUAGCAAUUCUGCCCACGAGGUAUUGAAGCCUCUACCGUCGUUAUUAGAUGCCUUCUCCGUUUCGAGUGUCCAUAAAGCGACUUUUUAUCCACAAGUAACAAUCUCAGAGUCUAGAAACUAUUUCUACUUGUCACUGUCCGUCUACUCGAACCAAGGACAGCAUCACGCUUAG